GUUCAGAAAUUGUGCCUCAAGUCUUCAGACCACACCAUUAUUUUUUUCACCACACCAACUAAAGAAAGAAAAAUACUAAUUGCAUUUUUCUAGCCUAUAUUUCUCUUAAAUAUUCUCUCGUUUAACUAUCAACAGAAGUCUAACUCUUUGUUUCUAGCUCUCUGCACCUCACUUGCACUCUCGCAAUCUUUCAUCCGCUAUGCUACUCUAUUCUUACACUAGUGCUUGGCUCCAUCAAUUGAUUAUAAUAUGUCAAAGGAUGGAUUCUGCGUCUAAAAUUGGCCAUUGCUUUUUCCAAUGCCCACGCACUAUUUACAGUAAAUGCCUCGACAAAAUUUGCACCUACCCAAUCUUGUAAGAAAAGAAACCAUUGGAAGACUUUUGCAUGUGAACCCCAUAAUCAUCAUUAGGCUCCACUAUUCAACAUCAACCUAGUUCUGUUUCAUUAUAGUAUUUUUGGUUUGCGACAGGUUUCUUCAUAAAGCAUUGCUUGCACCUGAUGGUUGGGAGGAAGAAGGGAAAGUUUGUAGUAUCACUGAGAUUGAAGAGGCAAAGGCAGUUCUUAGGCUUGUUCCAAUAUGGACUACGUGUUUAGGAUAAGCAAUUGUAUAUUCACAAUCCUCGACUUUAUUCACCAAGCAAGGAGUUACAAUGGAUCGCCAUGUCACGUCUAGCCUACAAUUACCAGCUGCUUCCUUUCAAUCUUUUGUCAGUGUCGGCGUUGUUGUCUUUAUUCCAAUCUAUGACCGUAUUGUGGUUCCAAUUGCAAGAUCCAUAACUGGGAAACCUGCUGGCAUAACAAUGCUUCAACGAAUUGGAACUGGAAUAGUUUUAUCUAUUCUUUCCAUGGUAAUUGCAGCUUCAGUUGAGAGGAAACGUCUGAAAACUGCUGUUGAAUAUGGACUGGUGGAUCUGCCAAAGGCAACAGUGCCAAUGAGUGUGUGGUGGCUACUACCUCAGUACUUGCUUUAUGGAAUCGCAGAUGUAUUUACCUUGAUCGGGCUCCAAGAAUUCUUCUAUGACCAGGUUCCUAAAGAACUGAAAAGUGUUGGUCUUGCUCUAUACCUCAGUAUAUUUGGCAUAGGAAGCUUCUUGAGCAGCCUUCUUAUCUCUACGGUUGAGAAAGCCACCAGUGGCCCAGGUCGAGAUGGUUGGUUUUCAGACAAUCUUAAUCGGGCUCAUCUCGACUACUUCUAUUGGCUACUUGCCGGUCUUAGUGCUUCUGCUUUCGCUGCCUACUUGUAUUUUGCAAAAUCUUAUAUCUACAAUCGAAGAAAGAGCCUUUGAAGUUGCAUGGUAACAGUACCUGGACAAAUAUGGCUAGUAGAAGAGCAGUAUUUUGCAAGACAAAUAUGGCUAGUAGAAGAGCAGUAUUUUGUAAGACAAUGAACUAAAAAUUUCUUGUUUGCUUAUAUAUCUCAAGCAGUUGUUUUAAAUAAAUAAAUGCAAACCUUGCACACUGAUUAUAAAGAUUUGUUUCCCUUGCUUCUAGCACAAACUUUUGAGGUUAUACAUGUGAGGACAUGUUGUCAUUGAUGAACUUAGUUUUC